GUGGAAUUGAUGCCUAUGGUCUAACCUCCUCCUAAUCCAAUCACUUUGCCUGCCUGGUGUACGCAGCAGUACUACGUAGCAUGUACCUAAUUUAGAACAGCCGCGAAAUAGGUCGACGCAGGAGGUACCUCCUAAUGUGCCGUAUCUUGAGGUCAACCAAAGUACCUACCGAAUGGCAUCCACGUCCCGACCCAGAACACCUAAAAGAUGAAAUAUGUCUCGCACAGCAUCAUACCAAUGGUCACCCGUCUCUUCCACACAGAGGGGCGGCAGGGCCAAAACAACGACGGCGUGCUGUGUCUUCACUUCCGCGCCCCGGUAGGAAAAGCUGGAAACGCCGACCAACCCGAUAAUCGCACCAGCCCUUCGUCGUGAGACAGUUUGCCCGCAACUCCGCAUGAUGGGAAGAACACGAAGCCCAACUAGGUGGCAAGGGCCUUUCAACCUCGGCGUCGGCUCGGACCAAAAACGGCUGUGGCUGAGAUACUGACAUCAUGGACUCGACUGGGCCCAGAGACGUCGUAGUCAUCCCAUCACGUCGAUAGCAGAAUUACAGCUAAAGCUGCAUAGUGCCAUCGUCUCUCGCGACACGUGUAACGAACAACGGAAACCGAUAAGCUCACCAGCAUCCAGCUCGCCGCAGCCUCGGAAAAUGGGGAAUCGGGUUAUCUACUGGUUCCGAACGGAUUUGCGACUCCAUGAUUCCCCCGCCUUAAAAGCAGCUCUCGACUUGCACCCGGAUGCUCUGUGGCCCAUCUUCACGUGGGAUCCUCACUAUGUCUACCGGGUGAAAGGGGGGGUAAACAGGUGGCAGUAUCUGCUCGACUGCCAGGCAGAUCUGUCGCGGUCCAUACAGAAGCUCAACCCCAAGUCGAAACUUUUUGUGCUGCGCGAAGCUCCGCAGACGCUCUUCCCCAAGAUCUUCAAAGCCUGGAACGUGACGCACCUCGUCUUCGAGAAGGACACGGACGUCUACGCUCGGGAAAGGGACAGCGCUGUAGUAGCGUCGGCGGAAGAAGCUGGCGUCCAAGUUAUCACCCGAUAUGGGCGCACUCUCUGGGAUAGCGACGAGCUUGUUGCUAAGAACGGAGGCAAGCCAACCAUGUCCAUCACUCAACUGCAAGCUGCCGGGCGGAAAAUUGGGGGGAUACCCAGGCCCAUACCCGCACCUCGGCAUCUGCCGGACCCGGGAGAGAUGCCCGUCAGCUUCGGACAGGAUAAGCCCGGGGCCAGCCCGGAUAUCAAUGCUCCGUAUCGGAGCACACCGGACGAGUGCUAUUCUCAUAUUGCAGGACCCGCCGGGAAAUUCGCUGUCGCAUCUCUCGAGGAGCUUGGGUUUUCAGUGUCAGCCACCACUCCGCACCGCGGCGGCGAGACCAUCGCCCUCGAGAGGCUGCAGGAGAUCUUCUCGGAUGAGAAGUACGCCGCCACUUUCCAGAAACCCAAGACUAGCCCGGCGGCCUUUGAACCCCAGUCGACGACCUUGCUAUCCCCGUUUCUGCAUUUCGGCGCCCUCUCACCCCGCCUCUUCUACUGGCAUGCGCAAGACCUAGUGGAAAAGUACGGCGAGGGAGCGUCGACACCACCAGAAAGUCUAACGGGGCAGCUGCUAUUCCGAGACAUGUAUUUUGCCGCACAGGCUGCUAUCGGCCCCUCUUUUGCCCAGACUCUCGGUAACGGACAUUGCCGCUUUAUCCCCUGGCAUCUGCCAUCAAAGGUAGAGCCCACGGGCCUAGCCAACAACACAAUUGCCGGCAGAUACCAUGUCGAUUCGCCGCAGGCGGAUAGGUGGUUCCAGCGCUGGAAGGCCGGUGUGACGGGAUUUCCAUUCGUCGAUGCUCUGAUGCGCCAGUUGCGCGCGGAGGGCUGGAUCCAUCACUUGGGCCGCCACAUGGUAGCUUGUUUCCUCACCAGAGGCGGAUGCUAUGUACACUGGGAGCGCGGAGCCGACGUUUUUGAGGAAUUCUUACUCGAUCAUGAGCCGGCCUGCAAUGCCGGAAACUGGCAGUGGUUGAGUUGCACUGCGUUCUAUUCGCAGUACUACCGCUGCUACAGCCCUGUCGCCUUCGGGCAGAAGUGGGACAAGACAGGCGAAUUCAUCAGGAGGUGGGUGCCGGAACUGAAGGACCUAGAUGAGAAAUUUAUUUAUGAGCCGUGGACGGCCAAUCAAGCUGUUCUUGACAAGGCCGGCGUAAGGGUCGAAGGUGACGGGUUACGAGAGAAGCGGGACGGGGUCUACCCAUCCCCGAUGUUCGACUUCGGGGAGAGGAGGAGGGCAUGCCUCGCCGCGAUGAAGAGGGCAUACUCCAUCGGGCUGUACGGGGAUGACGAAAGGGUCGAGGACGGGACGUGGAAAGAACUGUUCGAGAGAGCGGGCGAGACGGAAAUGGAAGGCCUCGAUGCUGGUGACGCCGAUGGAGAGCAUGCGGACGACGUCGGUGAUCAUGGAGACGGGACCGAGGAUGGCAUUCGGCACAAAAAAGCUCGGAAUCCAGUGGUUAAGGAGGGACCGAUGGAUAAGCAUGUCAAGAAGAAGCGAAAGACCUAAACGGAAGACGCACUGUCAAUUCGCGAAGGGCUCGGGGUAAUUCCUAUCCCCAUCCCCUUCGGACAGCCGUCCACGGUAGCGGCUGGGUUAAGUUCGUAAAUCAAAACGUGAGCGCGACGCCCAAAAGCUGAGCUGGGUAGCUUAUUAUACUUGCGUCAACUUUGAUCACAUAAUUAAGUUGUCUAUUCAUCUACAG